AGCUCAUAGAUAAAAAUUUUACGCGAAAAAAUAACUUCUGUCGUUAUCAGCCCCUUUCCUGGUGUUCAGCAAUAAUUUUAAUUCUCUUUCUAUUCGUACGUAAUUUUUUAUUCGUAAACUAUGGAAACAUUGCCCUAUUUUCCCACAUCGCUUUCAUCAACGAUGACUGGCACCAGCCUUGUAAACAACACUAUCGACCUUCUGUCAAUGCUGCAUUCAAAUUCAAACUUCUCGCACGUCAAGUUUGUUCCUUUCGAAAGUUCAGAUCACGGUGGCUCGUUCAUUCGAGCGACAUUGGAAGACCUGAAGGAAGAUUCAAUUCGAGUUUAUCCUGAGAUCGAUGACAUGAUUUCGAUCACAGAAUUUGGACUUGAAAAAAAGAAGUCAGUGAAUUUAACUCAUUCUGUUCCCGAUACGCCGCAUCCUCUGGCUAGAUUUGGAACAACCACUGUUUCCAGAUCCUCGUGGACAAUUCUGGGAUCAGUGAUGGUGUCGAUGGUGAUCGGUCUUGUGCUUUGGGUGGGAAUACUUCAGUACCUUGGCAUCCCACGCUCCAAUCGUAGGCAAUCGUACGCUGCAGAAAAGGAAGUAUUGGAUGCAAUCGCUCAGCAGGUGGUGGACGACUUGCUACGUCACAGGCUGAACGAAGAGCCAUCUUAUUUCCACUCUAGCAUUAAAAAGAAACAUCACAUCCCAUUCCCUGUGCCGGUGCACGCCGUCUACGCUCAAUCCAUUUUGGCUUCGGACGAAAAAGAAGCCCGCGUUUCAGGCGGAAGGUUAGGCGCCGUGGAAGCGAGGGUAGUAAUGCCGCCUGAUACAAUAAUAUCAAGACGAAGUGGUAGAGGUCCUAUCCCAGACGAGGAAUUUUUCAAACCAUCGCCAGUUGAUGAUGUAAUUUCAAAUGAAAUCUACUCUCGAAAAAUCCCUCAUAAAGAGACCACGGUGUUGUCUGAUAAAAAUCUGAAUCCAGCUUCUCCUGUUCACCCGAAAAGUUAUUUAAACCAGAGACAGAAACUCAAACAAAAUAAUCCUAUAAUAAUUCUUAAGCCAGUCUCGAUUUUCGAUCCACCUGGAAAAAUUAACGAUGUGUAUGACAGGAAACCUGCGAAACCGCACGACACGUCAUCCGAAGUCCUUCGUCCCUUCGCCGUUGACGGCCAUGAUAAUGGAAAAAACAAGAAUUUAUUACAAAGAAACGCUAAAAAUAUUCAAUUGAAGAGUAACCUGCAUAAACAGGGAUAUUCUGCGAACUAUUCCAAGGAGAAUGAACAUCACAACGUUUUCCCAACAGAAAUUCCGAUCCGUAUCACCACUUUCCGAUCCAACCUGAGACGCAGGUACUUCGACAACACUAGGAGCAGUUCCAGUGCUCUAGAUACACGUUUAUUGAACUUGCGCAGGCCUGUUUCUCUUAGAUCAGACCACAAUUCUCAAGAUCAUAUGAAUGAUGGAGAUUCGAAUUUUAACACGGAUUUGAAUCCAAAGUUGCCAUGGCUUGAAAAUCGAGAUUCCAGCGAAUCGUUUGAAGUCAUCAAUGAAUACGCAGAUCAAAAUUUUCACGACUUCCAAAUUGAUACGAAGGGCGAGGCAUUUACAAACUGGCAUGAACAGGAGAAAACAGACAGAAAUUUACAGGAGAAAAGUUUUCACAAUGUGGCCAAAAGUGUAAAGAAAGAAUUACGAAAUAAAAUCCGACCGAUUUCAAUCGAAAAUUAUUUACUCAAUCAUAAAUUUGAGAGCUCAAAACUUGCAGCGCUCAGCUCCGUCAAGGAACCAUCAGUCACCUCUACCGAAUCACCUGCAGGAGAUCAAAAUUCUGAGCUCGCAACUCAGGCUCCACCACAUCGCAUGCACACUAAAGAUAAGGACCAACUCCAAGGAAUAUCUGAUGAUCUACUUCGCUCACUCUUUCCAGAGUUUAUGGAAAAGAUUUCGCCCGCUGAAAACGAACUUUAAAUUUACCUAAUUACUGCAUGGACUUGAAUCAUCUUUGAAAUUUAAUUUUCUAGGGAUGCGUUUGGAUAUUUUUAAGUGUUCACAAGUUGCAUUGAAUGCUGCCAAUUUGCAUGCUCGUCGAUAACACCACAUUCGAUAAUAAUCACUAGAAUUCACAUUGCCUUGGCACCAAAAAAUUAAAGAGAACACGACUUUAGAGGCUAAGGUGUUAAAGGUUAGAUACACUCGUCCAAUCUCGUUGCCUGGAAACAUAUUAACGUCAUCAAUAGCCAGAUUUAAUAUCAAAGUGGUCGAGCAAGGGUCUCAGUUACAACA